AUGUCAUACUAGCAUUACAGAGCCUAUGUUGCCAGACCUCAAAUCUGGCACUAAGUACUUACAGUCACACCAGAGGCCCGGAGACGAGCACAGCUAUCUGACCCAGACUACUGAGGAAGAACAUGAAGAGGAACAUGCUUUCUUCAGACGUCAAAGUAACUGUGUAUACCCCAAACCAGAGCAGGUGCGAUAUCAGCCCCGCUUCCUCUGUUUGCCACGGUCGAGUCGUCCUCCACCGGGUCCUCUCCCACUCAUAACCCCAGGUCCAGCACUCAGACAUAGUGGAGACAGGCCUAAUAUGGCAGCAGGAGAGCCAGGAACCUCUAAGCCAAAAGGUGCAGAGGAAUGCUCUUUAACCAGAGACAGAAUGACGAGUUUCAGAACAGAGGUAGUGAUACCCAAUGCUCAGAUGAGUCCCAUACCUGAAUCUGAUGCUUUUGAGGAACACACAGAACAGCCUGGGGAUCACAAUGUUUACAUGGUUGCAGAGCAUUUGACUGGCUACCCAAAGGACUUAAACGAACAAUGGAUACAGAGUGCAGCAGAGACAGGUGGUGAGGAAGGUGGACACGCUUUAAGACCAGCUUAUACAAAUUUCUCUUUGGGUUGCAGUCACCUUUCAAAAGUCUCCAAUGACAGAAAACAGUCAGAGGGGGGCUGGCGUUCAAGUCCUGUGAAACGGAGUAACCUUCAUCUACCCCCCAUUAAGCAAGCGCUCCCUGCAGGCACAGACAGCAAGGACCAUGGGCUCAAAGCUGGGAGCACAACUCAAGAAAACCACAAGGAGCCAGUUCUACAACUGCCAGAUAUACAUCAGCCUGAGGUCAGAACCGAGGCUGCAGCUCCCAAACCCGCAGAGAGAACCGUACUUAAGAAAGUACUUGUGCUGCUCCCUUUAUCAGUGGAACAAGAUGGUCUUUGUGGCCUUCCUGAGGAAAAGGAAGAAAUUGAGGAUGUCCUGUGUAGUGAUGUGGAACAGAAAGUGGAGUCGAUUAGGAAAGAAGAGAACAGGCUCACUGAACAUGGGUGCAGGUUAAAAGCAGCCCAACAAGACAAUCUCAUCGGGUUUGAACCUGAGGAGGACAAAGAGUGA